AAUAACAUGUUUGAUGCUGGCAGAAAAACACUUUAGUAACUCUUCAAGCAAACCGAUAAUUUCAACCCACUUGUACAGUAGCUGUCAAAUAUUUGGAGGAUAUACGGUGAAGCCAUGGUUCACCUUUCAAUAGUGUUGUUGGUAUUGUUUCCUCUCCAGAGCUCAACACUCGCCUUCCAAAAUGGCUCAGCGCCCUUCCUGCGGACUUUCUCUGGUCACUUUGUAACAUUCACUGAUGAUCCUGUAGACUACCUCGACCUGUCUGUAUUAGACAGUUUGAGGGAUGACGGGGAGUUGGGCUCGGGGUCGGAGCAGGAGCCGGUAAAAAAACACGGCCCGCACCGCCAUCCCCAGAAGCACUAUUUUGUCUCGAAGGAAGCUAAAGGUUUCCUCCAGGGUUGCCUAGCAACAACCUUUGUCCCCACCGUUUACACCAUCGUCUUCAUCAUCAGCGUGCCCCUCAACCUUGUUGCCAUGGUGAUGUUUGUGCAUCACGUGCGUCCCAGAAAACCAGCGGUGAUCUACAUGCUGAACCUGGCCUGCGCUGACCUUCUGUUCGGCCUGCUCCUUCCCUUCAAGAUCGCCUACCAUUACAAUGGCAACAACUGGAUAUACGGCUCCUUCAUGUGCAGAGUUGUCACCGCGGCGUUCUACUGCAACAUGUACUGCUCUGUCCUGCUCAUGACGUGUAUCAGCGUUGACCGUUUCCUGGCUGUGGUUUACCCCAUAAACUCGCUGACGUGGCGCAGACCUCAGACGGCGUCAGCUGUGUGUGCUGCCAUGUGGCUGUUGGCCCUCGGAGGAGUGUCCCCUCUCCUCAUCUCUGGGCAAACCGUCUAUUUGUCAGACCUGGGCAUCACCACCUGCCAUGAUGUGCAGGAUGUGGAGAAACUACAAGCUUACUAUCUUUACUUCUUCCCCAUCUACUCCUCCAUCUUCUUCUUCAUCCCCCUUGUCUUCACUGCCGUCUGUUAUGUGCGUAUCAUUCAGGCUCUGGCAGCAGUCAACGUUGUGAACCGCUCCAGGAAGACUCGAGCCGUGGUGAUGGCAGUGGUGGUGCUGGUGGUGUUUGUGGUCUGCUUUACCCCCACCAACAUCAUCCUGAUGGUUCACUAUGUUAAGCUGUCCCACAGGUCCAGCGACAGUUCCUACAAGGCGUACCUGCUCUCCAUGUGUGUAUGCAGCCUCAGCUGCUGUCUGGAUCCAGUCCUCUAUUACUUUGCCUCCUCUCAGUGCCGGAAGCAGGUGGCGGCACUGCUCGGAUGUAAGAGACUGGCUCAAGCAGGGAGCAGCUCAGGAACACAGAGUACAAGAACCAGCGGGCUGAGAGACAGCAGCAGGUCAUGUAAUAUGGAGAGCGUUCAAACUGGCCUGGAGAGCCAUUACAGCCGGCUGGUGGCUUAACCUGCUGCUGAGAGACUUACAGAGGAAAUGUGUAUUUUGAUCGUUACGAAGGAAAUGCUUGGGUUGGAUCAAAAGAGUGUGACAGUGCCUGGUUAUUUGCACUUAAAUCAGUUUAUUGGCUGCAUCAUGGUUUUUGUUGUUGUUAUUUUGUAAUCACGGGAGAUAUCCACCCGUACGACAGUGUGUGAUAUGUUUGAUUCAUCUCACAGACAGCAUAGUACAACAUUUUCUGUCAAUCUUUUCAGAAGUUUAUUUCAUAUUCUUGUUUCCAGUGAAUCAUAGGAAUCAAACAGUGGGUGUAUAAUAAUAAAGUUUUAAUCUGGAAAACAUUA